AUGCGACUUGGAAUAAUACGUCCGUCGAGUAGCCCUUGGGCAUCAUCACUCCACAUGGUACCUAAGCGGGAUCAGGAUUGGCGACCAUGUGGUGAUUAUCGAUCACUGAAUAACUUAACUUUACCAGAUCGUUACCCCAUUCCCCAUUUACACGAUUUUUCACUUACGUUACACUGUAAACAAAUUUUUUCUAAAAUCGACCUUGUGCGAGCGUACCAUCAAAUUCCGGUAGCAUCUGAGGAUAUACCAAAGACAGCCAUCAUUACCCCAUUUGGCUUGUUUGAAUUUCUGAGAAUGCCAUUUGGAUUAAAGAAUGCCGCACAGACUUUUCAACGAUUUAUGGAUGAAGUCACUAAAGGCCUAGAUUUUGUUUUCGUGUAUAUCGACGAUGUAUUAAUAGCUAGCAGUUCGUUUCACGAACAUAUUGAUCACCUUCAUCAACUUUUCGAAAGAUUUCAGAGAUUCGGUAUAGUCAUUAACCCAUCCAAAUGCAUUUUCGGAGUCGAAGGCUUAGAAUUUUUGGGUCACUCGAUUGACAAACUUGGAAUCAAACCCUUAGACGCAAAAAUUGAAGCUAUCAAAAAUUUUCCAGAGCCAGACUCACUAAAUAAACUUCGACGUUUCUUGGGUAUGAUUAAUUUUUAUCGUCGGUUUGUCCCUCACUGCUCAGAUAUUCUACAGCCCCUAACGGAGGCGUUAAAAGGCAAAGCCAAAAAGCGCACAUUAUCCUCCGAAGCGAAAGAUGCCUUUACUGCUGCUAGAAUAGCAAUAGCUUCUACCACCAUGCUGACCUACCUCAGUCCUGAUCCAGAAGCAACACUAAUUUUGUGUACAGACGCUUCUCAGGCAGCAGUAGGCGCGGUGAUGCAACAAAGAGUAAAUAAUGAAGUCAAGCCACUUGCUUUCUUUUCAAAGAAGCUAGAACCGGCCCAAACCCGAUACAGCACGUUUGGCAGAGAAUUAUUAGCUGUUUAUUUAGCAGUUAAACAUUUUAAACACUUACUACAAGGUAGAGAUUUCGUGAUCUUCACUGAUCAUAAACCUUUGACUUACGCUUUCAAUGCCACAAGUGAUCGUUAUUCUCCUAGAGAAACUCGACAGUUAGAUUACAUUUCUCAAUUUUCUACCAACAUACAGUUCAUAAAAGGUGAGUCAAAUGUUGUGGCUGAUACUUCGUCACGUUUCAACGUUGAUGAUAUUUGCUCCACUAAAGGAAUUGAUUUGUUGGACAUUGCACGCUUACAGGUUGAUGAUUCUGAUCUUGCGGCUUGUAAAUAA